AUGUCCAGUGAAUCAAUAAGAUAUGAGUGCCCUCCAACUUGUCCUAAAGUGAAAGAAUACCUUCGUGCAAAAAUCAAAAAAGAGCCUUGGCUGUCGGAUGGAAUUUUUCCACGAAAAAACGAUGCAUAUCCAUUACCGGAUGUUCCAAGAAUUCCUAAUGCAGAAUUCAGAGAAAUACAAGAAGAGGUGAUCGAUGUAGUUAAUACAAAACCAAUCAAUUAUUAUGAGAAAAUUGAGGAAGUACCAUUGAAAGUGAUAGAAGAUAUCGUUAAAGUAACUCCUAUCCCAGAAGAAGCAGUUGUAAAGGAAAAAGAAAUCAUCUACGAAGAGCCUUGGCUGUUGAAUGAAAUUCCUCCGAAGGAAAAUGAUAUAUAUCUACCUUCACCUGAUGUUACCCAGGAGAUCAAAGAAAUACAAGAAGAGGUAAUUGAUGUAGUUCCUGAAAAAAUUGAGGAGAUACCAGAAGUGAUAGAAGAUAUCGUCGAAGUAACCCCUAUUCCAGAAGAAAUAGUUGUCCAGGAAAAUGAAAUUUCCAGGGAAAUUCAGGAAAAAGAAAUUAUCCGAAAAGAACCUUGGCUGUUGAAUGAAAUUCCUCCAGAGAAAAACGAAGUAUAUCCAUCACCGGAUGUGUUCAGAGAAAUAGAAGAAGAAGUGAUUGACGUAGUUAAUAAAAAACCAAUCAAUUAUAUUGAAAAAAUUGAGGAAAUACCAUCAAAAGACAUCGUUGAAGUAACGCCUAUCCCAGAGAAAGCAGUUAUCGAGGAAAAAAAAAUUGUAAUUAAUAAAAAAUCAAUCGAUUAUAAUGAAAAAAUUGAGGAGAUACCAUCAAACGAGGUUGUCGAAAUAACGCCUAUCCCAGAGAAAGCAGUUAUCGAGGAAACAAAAAUUGUGAUUGAUGUAGUUAAUAAAAAACCAAUCGAUUAUAAUGAAAAAAUUGAGGAAAUACCAUCAAACAAGAUCGUCGAAGUAACGCCUAUCCCAGAGAAAGCAGUUAUCGAGGAAACAAAAAUUGUCCAAGAAUUGGCGGAAAGGAUAGUGAAUCAUAAUGAGAAAAUCGAUUUGGUUGAAGAAGAGGUUGAAGAAGAUGCGAUCAUUCAGAAAGAAGUUGCCAUCCCGAUGGAAAGGAUAGCAAAUUAUGAAGAAAAAAUUGAUUUAAUCAAAAAGAAAGAAUUAGUAAAUGAAAUAACUGUAGCGGAACCGGUAAAAGAGAUACCAGUUGAAAAACCUGAAAUAAUCGAGGCUGAAAAUGAGCGGGCAGCAGAAAUCGAACCUGAAUUGCCGGAGGAAGAAUAUUUUGAACCUGAGAAGCAUGUAGAAUAUGACGAGGACGAAGAAGGCAUUACCGAUUACGAAAAAUUUAUCGCCGAAGAAUUGCGGGACGCUCUAAGAAAAAAUAAAAUUCCGGAGAAGCCAAGAGAGAUGCCUCGAGAAAUUCCCAGGAAUGCGGUCUAUGAGGAAAUUGAUCGCAACAAUGCCAGACCAUCAAGAGAGCCUGAAGAACGACGAAUUAAAAAAGAAGUACCUGCAAAAGUAAACCGAAUUAUCUCGCGCAAACCUAAAAUUGCAGAUGUUUGCGAUGAGACGUGCCCUUUCGUAAAAGAGCAGAAAGAACGUUUUAUGCGCAAAUUGAAGGAACGACAACGGGUCAUAGAUCAUUAUUAUCUGACAAAGGGCUUCAACUAUUUCGAAGACGUAUGCACGUGUUCUCUAGCUUGCAUGGUGUACGCUCUAAGCAGGGAUCCAUUCGUGAGAAGCGUAUUCGCGUCUCUCGCAUUGUUUGCGGUCGGAUUAAAGCUGUGCUCUGAGCUGGAUGCAUGGGAGAUGCCAAAUCGCGUUUCAUAAGAUCAGAUAUUGACAUCAGUCGCUGUAUAAUCAUUAUUAAAACUAUC